CGGCAGAGCGCGCGCGACGCAGGUGCCCGAGCCCCGGCGCCGCCGCCAUCUCUGCCUUCCGUCGAGUUGGACCGAGGGAUCGAGGAGGGACCCGCUUCCCUCUCCGGCACCCACUGUUGCCACCUCUUCCCACUUCGGGCUUCCUGCCUACUUUGGAAACUGAAGGGACUGCCAUGUAAAACGAAUUAUACAUCUGGAGGAAAUGAAAUUGUUUGGAAUAAAACAAACAUUGCACCUUUCCUAUCAAUUCUUGUUCUUGAACAGUGCUUGCUACUUUUUAGCAUAAAGUUUGGGCAGAAUGUGAAAAAAUUGGUUUCAGAUCACUUCGGAGCCUCUCUGAAAUUUAAGCACAAUAGCACAGAUGCCAAUUUUAGUAAUCAAUGCAGUUAGUUUCCUUGGAAUGAAUCCCGGAAAAUAGCAGAGGUUAACUCGACAGAUAAACCAGAAAUUAGGAAUGGACAUAGACACACCAAAGUUGUACAGUGAGUGUACUUCUCUGAAGUAAGAUGAUUUGUCAAAAAUUCUAUGUGGUUUUGUUACCCUGGGAAUUUAUUUAUGUCAUAACUGCAUCUAACUUGUCAUAUCCAAUCACUCCUUGGAGAUUUAAGUUGUCUUGCAUGCCACCAAAUAAAACUUAUGACUACUUCCGUUUGCCUGCUGGACUCUCAAAGAAUACUUCAGAUUUGAAUGGACAUUAUGAGAAAGCUGUUGAAGUUAAGUUUAAUUCAAGUGGAACCCACUUUUCUAACUUAUCCAAAACAACUUUCCACUGUUGCUUUCGGAGUGAGCAAGAUAUAAACUCCUCAUUAUGUGCAGACAACAUUGAAGGAAAGACAUUUUUUUCAACAGUAAAUUCUUUAGGUUUUCAACCAAUAGGUGCAAACUGGAACAUACAGUGCUGGCUAAAAGGAGACUUGAAAUUAUUCAUCUGUAAUGUGGAGUCAUUAUUUAAGAAUCAAUUUAAGAAUUAUAACCAUAAGGUCCAUCUUUUAUAUGUUCUGCCUGAAGUAUUAGAAGAUUCACCUCUGGUUCCCCAAAAAGGCAGUUUUCAGAUUGUUCAGUGCAACUGCAGUGUUCACAAAUGUUGUGAAUGUCUCGUGUCUGUGCCAACAGCCAAACUCAACGACACUCUUCUCAUGUAUUUGAAAAUCACAUCUGGUGGAGUAAUUUUUCAGUCACCUCUAAUGUCAGUUCAGCCCAUAAAUGUGGUGAAGUCUGAUCCACCAUUAGGUUUGCAUAUGGAAAUCACAGAUGAUGGUAAUUUAAAGAUUUCUUGGUCCAGCCCACCAUUGGUAGGAUUUCCACUUCAAUAUCAAGUGAAAUACUCAGAGAAUUCUUCAACAGUUAUCAGAGAAGCUGACAAGAUUGCCUCAGCUACAUCCCUGCUGGUAGACAGUGUACAUCCUGGGUCUUCAUAUGAGGUUCAGGUGAGGGGCAAAAGACUGGAUGGCCCAGGAAUCUGGAGUGACUGGAGUACUCCUCAUGUCUUUACCACACAAGAUGUCAUAUACUUUCCACCUAAAAUUCUGACAAGUGUUGAGUCUAAUGUUUCUUUUCACUGCAUCUAUAAGAAUGAAAACAAGAUUGUUUCCUCAAAAAAGAUUGUUUGGUGGAUGAAUUUAGCUGAGAAAAUUCCUCAAAGCCAGUAUGAUGUUGUUAGUGAUCAUGUUAGCAAAGUUACUUUUUUCAAUCUGAAUGCAACCAAACCUCGAGGAAAAUUUACCUAUGACGCAGUGUACUGCUGCAAUGAACAUGAAUGCCAUCAUCACUAUGCUGAAUUAUAUGUGAUUGAUGUCAGUAUCAAUAUCUCAUGUGAAACUGAUGGGAGCUUAACUAAAAUGACUUGCAGAUGGUCAACCAAUACAAUCCAAUCACUUGCGGGAAGCACUUUGCAAUUGAGGUAUUAUCGGAGCAGACUUUACUGUUCUGAUAGUCCAUCUAUUUAUCCCAUAUCUGAACCCAAAGAUUGCCAUUUGCAGAGGGAUGGUUUUUAUGAAUGCAUUUUCCAGCCAAUCUUUCUAUUAUCCGGCUAUACAAUGUGGAUUAGGAUCAAUCACUCUCUAGGUUCACUUGACUCUCCGCCAACAUGUGUCCUUCCUAAUUCUGUGGUGAAGCCACUGCCUCCAUCCAGUGUGAAAGCAGAAAUUACUGUAAAAACUGGAUUAUUGAAAAUAUCUUGGGAAAACCCAGUCUUUCCAGAGACUAAUCUUCAAUUCCAGAUUCGCUAUGGUUUAACUGGAAAAGAAGUACAAUGGAAGAUAUAUGAGGUUUAUGAUGCAACAUCAAAAUAUGUCAGUCUACCAGUUCCAGACCUGUGUGCAGUCUAUGUUGUUCAGGUGCGCUGUAAGAGGCUAGACGGACUGGGAUACUGGAGUAAUUGGAGCAGUCCAGCCUACACAGUUGUCAUGGAUAUAAAAGUUCCUAUGAGAGGACCUGAAUUUUGGAGAAAAAUUAAUGGAGAUACUAUGAAAAAAGAGAAAAAUGUCACUUUACUUUGGAAGCCCCUGAUGAAAAGAGAUUCACUGUGCAGUGUCCAGAGAUAUGUGAUAAACCAUCAUACUUCCCUCAAUGGAACAUGGUCAGAAGAUGUGGGAAAUCACACUAAAUACACCUUCCUGUGGACAGAACAAGAGCAUACUGUUACGGUUCUAGCCAUCAAUUCAGUUGGUGAUUCUGUUGCAAAUUUUAAUUUAACCUUUUCAUGGCCUAUGAGCAAAGUAAAUAUCAUCCAGUCACUCAGUGCUUAUCCUUUAAACAGCAGUUGUGUGAUUCUUUCCUGGAUGCUAUCACCCAGUGACUACAAGCCAAUGUCUUUUAUUAUUGAGUGGAAAAAUCUUAAUGAAGAUGAUGAAAUAAAAUGGCUUAGAAUCUCUUCAUCUGUUAAGAAGUGUUAUAUCCAUGAUCAUUUUAUUCCCAUCGAGAAGUACCAGUUCAGUCUUUACCCAAUAUUUAUGGAAGGAGUGGGAACACCAAAGAUAAUUAAUAGCUUCACUCAAGAUGAUAUUGAAAAACACCAAAAUGAUGCAGGUUUAUAUGUAAUUGUGCCAGUAAUUAUUUCCUCUUUCAUCUUACUACUUGGAACACUAUUCAUAUCACACCAAAGAAUGAGAAAGCUGAUUUGGGAAGAUGUUCCAAAUCCCAAGAAGUGUUCCUGGGCACAAGGACUUAAUUUUCAGAAGCCAGAAACAUUUGAGCAUCUUUUUAUCAAGCAUACAGAAUCAGUGACAUUUCGUCCUCUUCUUUUGGAGCCUGAAGCAAUUUCAGAAGAUAUCAGUGUUGAUACAUCAUGGAAAAAUAAAGAUGAGAUGGUGCCAACAACUGUGGUCUCUCUCCUUCCAACAACAGAUCUUGAAAAGGGUUCUGUUUGUAUUAGUGACCAGUUCAACAGUGCUAACUUCUCUGAGGCUGAGGGUACCAAGGUAACCUGUGAGGACGAAAGCCGAAGACAACCCUUUGUUAAAUAUGCCAUGCUGGUCAGCAACUCUAAACUAGGUGAAACUGAUGAAGAACAAGGGCUUAUAAAUAGUUCAGUCAGCAAAUGCUUCUCUAGCAAAAAUUAUCCUCUGAAGGAUUCUUUCUCUAAUAGCUCAUGGGAAAUAGAGGCACAGGCAUUUUUUAUAUUAUCAGAUCAGCAUCUCAACAUAAUUUCACCACACCUCACAUUCUCAGAAGGAUUGGAUGACCUUUUGAAACUGGAGGGAAAUUUCCCUGAAGAAAAUAAUGAUGAAAAGUCUAUCUGUUAUUUAGGGGUCACCUCAAUCAAAAAGAGAGAGAGUGAUAUGCUUUUGACUGACAAGUCAAGGGUAUUGUGCCCUUUCCUAGACCCCCGUUUAUUCACGGAUAUCAGAGUUCUCCAGGACAGUUGUUCACACUUUGUAGAAAAUAAUUUCAACUUAGGAAUUUCUAGUAAGAAGGCUUUUGUAUCUUACAUGCCUCAAUUCCAGACUUGUUCUACUCAGACUCGUAAGAUCAUGGAAAACAAGAUGUGUGACCUAACUGUAUAAUUUCACUGAAGAAGCCUUCAGAUUUGUGUUAUAAUGGGUCAUAUAAAGUGUAAUGGAUUACUAUAUAGUAUUGGGUGGGAGAGAGAAAAGAAACCAGAGACAAAUUUGAAAAUGAUCAUGCCAAAUGAAUGUUGUCUGUUUCUCCUAUCUUAGUAAUAUAGACAAAAAAUUUGAGAAGGCCUUCAUAAGCCUAUGACUGUAGACACGCUCUUCUAUUUUAUUCCCAAGUUGUAGUGGGAAGGUCCCUAGUUUCCAGCUAGAAAUAAGCCCAACAAACACCAUCUUUUGUGAGAUGUAAUUUUUUUAAGGGGCCUGUUUUUUUUUUUACCUCAAGUUGUUUUCAUUUUGUAUCAAUAAACACACACACACACACACACACACACACACACAGAAAUUUAUACUUAACACGUGUCCUUAUGUGUUUUGAGAGUAUGUGAUGUAUUUAUAUUUUGUGCUAUCAGACUGUGAGACUUGAAGUAGGUACUUCCCCAAAUGUUUAAGAUAAACAGAGAAUUCAGCCCUGGCCUAAGGGGUUAUACUGUGAAGAUUAAUAAGUAAGCCAAUUGUUAUGUACAAAAUCUAAGAUAUGUACCAUAUAAUGAAACAACUUGCAAGAAUGGUGAUGCCUACAAUCAGUAUUUUGAGGACAACACAACACUUUUGAAAACAUAAUGUCAGUUUUAAUUCUUCUCUCUGAAAGAUGUUGAAAUGGUCACUUUCUAAUGAAGUUGGAUUGCCAGAUAUCACUAUAUAUCUCUCUGGAAUAAGUCUUUCCCCAUCUCCACUUGGACAUAUGUUAUUUUUUCCUCUCAUUGAGCAUUUUCUCUACAUAAACCAACCACUGUGUAGUACUCUACAUACCUUAAUUCAGUUAAUUAUUGCAAUAAUUGUAUGAGACAUCUAUUACUAUUGUACUCCUUAAAGAUGAGAAGAGUAAAUAUUUUGCCCAAGGUUACAGUCAGUGGGUGAUGGAGUCAGAAUUCAGAUUUAAAUCCAGAUUUUUUAAUGCUAAUGAUUGUGCUUUUAACCUAUACCCUACAUUGCCAUUCAUUUAAAAUGACUGACUUGUAAUCAAAAUUUAUUAAGUAGAGGCCGGAUACGGGCACACGCUUGCAAUCCCAGUACUUUGGGAGGCCAAGUCGGGUGGAUCACUUGAACUCAGAAGUCUGAAACUAGCCUGGACAACAUAGUGAGACUUCAUCUCUACAAAAAUACAAAAAUCAGCUAAGCGUGGCAGAAAAAAUAAAGAUUAUAAAAUUUACUCAGUAGAAUUAUAAUGUUGGAUGAGAAAUUAAGUGAGAAUUGCACAGAUCUUAUACUUGCCUUUAAAAACUUAAGAUUAAUUAUGGAAGUUUAUUAUUUAUUCAACUUUUAGUAUGGUAAAAAAUGACAGCAUAUUGGGCAACUAAAUUAAGACACCUGCACAUGUAGGUGUGCAAUGGCAAGAAGUAAGACAUUCAAGAUUACCAGUAUCAUCAAAAUAAAUACUUCAGUACUCAAAAAUAUGCCUGUAGGUUUUUAAACAUUAUCAGAAUCUUAUUUUUGGACUGAGACAAGAGUCUCCUGAUUUUAUUGUUACCCUAAAUAAAUCCCUACAUUCCAUCUCUAUUCCAGUUGUGGGUAUGAGGUGAACAGUUCUAAACAAUGACAAAGAUUCUGGACCCCAAUUGAUAGAUAUUUUUCACACUUUAGAAUCAGUUUCUACUUGGAAAUCAACAAAGCUAUUUCAUGUCAUAAGUAUUUUUAAGAUGUCUCAGGAUCUCACAUACUCAACUGAUGACCCUCUUACAGGAAAUAGGUAGAGGGCCAAUAGCAACUCAAUACUUGUUGCGGUAUGAAAGCUUUAGUUCUAUGCAAAGAUAAAUGGAGAAGGGCUUUUUUCCAUGGAUAAUUUUAUAUGGCUUUAGAGAUUCAGAACAUAAAUUAUUACAUGUAUAGAAAUUUUGGUAAAAUUAAAGUAUUUUAAAUACAUGCUUAUAUAUUAUAGGUAUUUAAUUGAAGGUACAGUAUAGAAGAGAUAGAAAAUUAAAUUUUGCCCAAUUCUGUAAUUGAAGAUUAACCUCUGAGCAUGUCCCCUGAGACAUGGUAUUCCCCUGUGAUCUAGGACCCAGAGCAACAGGAAAGAUAAACUGAUAGAUGUUCCCAUCAGCCCAAGGAUGUAUAUAUCUUGUUAUGUGUAAGUUGGAAUGAAUUAAACAGUCCCAGAACCACUGUAUUGCUGCUGUAGGUCUGUGUUAAAGAGAUUUAGUGACAGCGCAUUAACCUGAGAUCAUUGAUAGCAUCUUGGUGCAGCUUUAGUUCCCCAGAUAAAUGAACAAACAAAAAUGCACUUCAGAAAUAUUGAAAUUCCAAGGCACUUUUUCAUGGAAAAUGCUGAAAGAGUGCCUGCUGGUAUGUUUAGAUUUAGAUCAUAUUUAUUGACAAUGGGCUUGAAUUCUGAUUUCCACUUUUGAAAGUUUAUUUCACUAUGCUCAUUAUGUUUUACUGAUACCUUGUGAAAGCUAUCUGCCAUGAAAUACUGGCUUUUCUUUUUUUUUAUUGCAUUUUAGGUUUGGGGUACAUGUGAAAGACAUGCAAGAUUGUUGCAUAGGUACGCAUGUGGCAGUGUGAUUUGCUGCCUUCCUCCCUUUCACCUACAUUUUCAUACAAUUGAGAGAAAAUUUACAAUGUUUUAUGCUUCAGAAUGGUCAGAAACUUCCCAUUUCUUCCCACAGCUUCUGUAAAAAAUUUGAAGGAAGGAGGAGCUGAAAUAUAGGUUUUGGUCUUUUAAACUUAUAAAUCUUGAAUUUUUAAUAUUUCAUUUAAAGGCUUAAAUGAAACGCAAGCUACUAAUCAGUCUUUCUAAAUCUGACCUUCAUGGAAAGCAACUCAGAAAUGAGUAAUUUGUGCUAUGGUUUCAAGUUUAAAUAGAUUGACGGGAAAUCAUAUGUCAAGGUUUGCAGGGUUAUAGGUUUUCUAACUUAAAACCCCCAAGAACAAUGAAAAAACAAUGAAAACACUAUGAGUAGGAACCUUCUGUUGGAGCCCUGUCUGCCAUUUAGAGAUGAGCUACAAGUUGACAAGAAGAAUAGAAAUAGUUUUUUUCCCUUUAAACCUAGUCGUCAAGUGGUAAAAGGACUCGGAUGAAAUUCCAAAAUCAGUACAAGAUUCUGGAUUUAGAAUAAGAUUGUAAUACCUUACACAUGACAUUCUACUUCUCAUUUUUUUCCCCAAUAAAACGUAUUCUCUCUUCCCUAAUACCAUAUAUAUGGUCACAUUACUUCAGGAAUAUUUACAUUAACUCCUACAAAGCUGACAUAAACUUUAGGCAGUAAGAGUUGAGAAUUACGCACACACGGCUUGCAGGUGGAGCUGGACAGUAUGCAGAUGGAUUAAGACAUACUGCAACCACAAAGUUCCAUCUCACUCAGACGUGGAUGAAAAAAGAUCUCUUUCUAAAUUAUUUUCUGUGACCUUCAAAGAAAUUUCUUCCACUUUUCAUCUUUCAAAGCUCAUCUUGAUAGUUACUUUAACAAACCUUUCUAAACUAUUCAUUAUUGAGAAUGCUCAUUAUUAAAUUUUGUCACAAAAUUGUAAUUGUCCACUCUAUGACUAAAAUAAGCAACAUUCGAGAAAAAAUUUAAGCAUAGUUACUAAGAAAUGUGAAGAAGUACUUAAAAAGGAAGCUAGGUAAGUCAGUAAUUUUGCUCUUUCUUGAACAAUUAAUUUAAAACAGUAAAGCACACCUGCAUCUAAUCACAAUGUUAGGAGAACAACUUAAAACAUGAUCGGUCUGUAUUAGAACUAGGAUAUUGUUACAUGUAUUUGUAUAAACAUUAGGAGAUGAUUUCCAUGGUUUGUUUGUUUGUUUUAGAUGGAGUCUUGCUCUGUUGCCCAGGCUGGAGUGCAGUGGCGCGAUCUGGGCUCACUGCAACUUCUGCCUCCCGGGUUCAAGCAAUGCUCCUGCCUCAGCCUCCCCAGCAGCUGGGAUUACAGGCAUGCCACCUUGGCUGGCUAAUUUUUUUGGUAUUUUUAGUAGAUACAGGGUUUUGCCAAAUUGGCCAGGCUGAUCUUGAACUCCUGACCUCAAGUGAUCCGUCUACACUGGCCUCCCAAAGUUCUGGGAUUACAGGCAUGAGCUGCUGCACACAGCCCUUCAUGAGGUUUUAUAGUGAAUGAAUUAUUUUUCUAUAAAGUUUAUAAAUAUUUAUUUUGGAAAGCUGCUGAAAAUGUCUAUUUUUCCAAAAUUAAUUAUGGUUAAGAUGUAUGGCAUUAAAUACAAUUUUAUCAUCCUCUCUGACAUGUUUACUAAAAAAACCUGGACCUGAGAAUGAAUUUGGAAGAUAUUUAAUUUUGUAGUGAGACAUCUCUAUUGUAGAUACUGUACUUUUAAAACCUGUCAUUAAGUGUUUGGCAUGUGGUUAACACUUUCUCUUUAGUCAUAAUUGGUUUGUUAAUAAAUGUUAUAAACAUAAGUGCCCAGAUAUGCAUCACUAUUCUAUAAAUUUAAUUAUCUUAAUUCUCCUUUAUGUUCCCAAAGUCACAGAGAAAGCACUGUACAUUAUGACUGUAUUCAUCUUUUUCUCAUUAUGAUUAUAAGCGGUGUUAAUUUUGAGAAAUAAAAGUCCGAAAAGAA